AAAGGGUUUUAAGCUAACCCUUAAUUGUUUCAAUCAUACUCAAACUCUCUCUCCUCUUUUUGCCUCCUUUGUUUCGCCAUGAACUCCUGACAAAAUCCUACCUCUUCAAAACCCUCCAAAAACCCUCCACCUCAAAAUUAUUCACCCUCAAAUUUCUUCAAUUUUGUGAAAAAAUUUAACCCCUUUUAUAAAUUAUUAGCUACAAAACGGCGGGUUGUAUUAUCAGCAAAAGCCAUAAGCUUUGCAGAGCUUCUGAAGCUUUAGCUAUGGCGGUUUCUUCCCCCUUUAGGGCUGCUUAUUCUCCUCCUCUUUUCUGGGUUUGCCCUCAUUCUCUCUCUUCUUCCUCUUCCAUGGUGGCUUCUCUUCGUCCUCGGUUUUUCUGCUCUAGAGCUGCUUAUAAAUGGAAGGAGUUUCAUCGUCUUCAGAAUCAAUAUGGGAUUUCACAUGAUGAUGAAUUGUUCAAAGUUGUGCAGCUAAGACAGCCUGAACCAAUGUUUUCUACAGGGCAACAUGCUAACUCAACCAGAUAUAAUGGGACGUUUGUGAGGCAAUGGAGAUCUGGAGAGUCUGCCCAACCAAGAGUGUCGAGACACACUGACAAAACUGUUUGGGCUCAAGAGACUUUUAAGGUGAAGAAGAGUAAAAUGGGCUUUAGGCAUGGUGUGAUGGAACUAGAAUUAUUACCAUCCAAGGAAGCCACAGAAAAUCGCGGUCAUAACUCAACAAGCGAUAACUUGAAUGGGAUUCCUGGGUUUACCGGUAUUACUUCUGCUACAAGCUCCCCACGUUUUGCAACCACCACUGUUGAUGUAGAAGCAGACUUAGAUCAACUUCAGGAGACAUUUGGUGAAACACUGCAUGAAUUUGAUGAUGUUGCUAGAAGAGCCCUUUAUGCUAAUGGCUUAUCAUCACGAAAAGAUGUAGCUGGUGAACUUUUAUCUAAUGAAAGGAAUGAUGUGAGCUUGAAGCCUGCUACAGAGAGCAAAAAAUCUGUCAGGAAGUCGAAAAAGACUUUGUCUACCAAUGGCGCAUCAUCAGCAAAAGAAUUGGACGAAAGCUCCUUAAAUCAGGGAAUAAAUGGUGUACAUGAGAAGUUUUCUGAGCUUGAUAUUCUUGAUGGUGCACAAACGGAUGAUCAACUAAAACUUCAAAUGAGGCUCUGCAGCAUCUUUGACAAAGUUCUUGUAGUUGAUAAUGUCACCAUCGCUAGGAAAGUUGUGCAUAAGCUUACACAUGAGUAUAGACAUCACGUACAUGCAUGUGAUACCGAGGUGUCCAAGAUUGAUGUGAAGCAGGAGACACCUGUAGAUCACGGGGAGAUAAUAUGCUUCAGUAUUUAUUCUGGCGAAAAAGUGGAUUAUGGUAAUGGGAAAACUUGUAUAUGGGUAGAUGUGCUAGAUGGUGGCGGAAAUGAUAUUUUGGCUGAAUUUGCUCCAUUCUUUGAAGACUCGUCAAUAAAAAAGGUGUGGCACAAUUACAGCUUUGAUUGCCACGUUGUAGAAAACUAUGGGAUUAAACCUUCUGGGUUCCAUGCUGAUACAAUGCACAUGGCACGAUUAUGGGAUUCUUCUAGACGAGCAGAUGGUGGCUACUCUCUUGAAGCAUUAACAGGUAAUCCAGAUGUAAUGUCUGAGAGUACUAUGUGCCAAGAAAAAGAUCUGAUGGGAAAAAUUUCAAUGAAAUCCAUAUUUGGCAAGAGAAAGGCAAAGAAAGAUGGGUCCCUGGGUAAAACUGUCUCUCUUCCUUCAGUUGAAGAGCUGCAAAGGGAAGAAAGGCUACCAUGGAUAUGCUAUUCUUCUUUAGAUUCCAUGAGUACUUUAAAGCUAUAUGAGAGCUUGAAAUCCAAGUUAUCAAAAAUGCCAUGGAUUAUGGAGGGUAAUUAUAGGGGGAAUAUGCUUAAUUUCUAUGAAAACUAUUGGCAGCCCUUUGGCAGACUUCUCGUGCAAAUGGAAACAGAAGGUAUGCUAGUAGACCGAGCAUAUCUCUCAGAGGUGGAGAAGGUGGCUAUUGCUCAACAACAAGUUGCUGCUGAUCGUUUUCGGAACUGGACUUCUAAGUAUUGCCCUGAUGCUAGAUAUAUGAAUGUAGGUAGUGAUGCACAAUUGAGACUACUCCUUUUUGGUGGAAUAUGCAACAGGAAGAACCAUAAUGAGUUUCUCCCUACAGAGAAAAAGUUCAAAGUCCCAAAUACUGAAAAUGUAAUUGAAGAUGGAAAGAAGACUCCUAAAAAGUAUUGUGACAUUACAUUGCAUAAAAUUGGUUCUAGUUUACAAACUGACUUUUAUACGGCAAGUGGUUGGCCUUCUGUUAGUGGAGAUGCCUUAAAAGCUAUUGCUGGGAAGGUCUCUGCUGAAUAUGAUUUUUCAAGUGACGAUGUUGAAGAUCCAUUGAAUGACGAUCUACAAAACUCGGAAAGAAAAGAUGUUGACAUUUCUGCUUAUGGAACUGCUUAUGCUGCUUUUGGAGGAGGGCAGGAAGGAAUGGAGGCCUGCCAUGCUAUUGCCUCUUUGUGUGAAGUUUGCUCCAUUGAUUCGUUAAUAUCCAAUUUCAUUCUGCCUUUGCAGGGAAGUCAUGUGUCUGGGAAGAAUGGCCGAAUUCAUUGCUCCUUAAAUAUAAAUACAGAAACCGGCCGCUUGUCUGCUAGAAGACCGAAUUUACAGAAUCAACCUGCUUUAGAGAAAGACAGAUAUAAGAUCCGCCAAGCAUUUGUCGCUUCCCCUGGAAACUCACUUAUUGUUGCAGAUUAUGGGCAGCUGGAACUUAGGAUUCUUGCACACCUUGCUGAUUGUAAGAGUAUGAAAGAAGCAUUUGAAGCUGGUGGAGAUUUCCAUUCAAGAACUGCUAUGAAUAUGUAUCCAUAUAUCCGGGAUGCCGUUCAACAGGAAGAAGUAAUUCUUGAAUGGCAUCCUCAACCUGGUGAAGAAAAGCCUCCUGUUCCUCUACUCAAGGAUGCUUUUGGGUCUGAAAGAAGGAAAGCAAAAAUGCUGAACUUUUCCAUUGCAUAUGGGAAAACUCCCAUGGGUCUUGCUAAAGACUGGAAGGUUUCUGUUAAAGAAGCAAAGGAAACUGUUGAUUUGUGGUAUAAAGAACGUCAGGAGGUUCUAAAAUGGCAAGAAGCACGGAAGAAAGAAGCUGCAAAACGUGGUUGUGUUCACACCCUGCUAGGGAGAGCUCGUCGCUUCCCUUCAAUGGCUCAUGCUUCACCCCCACAAAGGAGUCACAUUGAGCGUGCUGCAAUCAACACGCCAGUGCAGGGGAGUGCUGCUGAUGUUGCCAUGUGUGCCAUGCUGGAAAUAGAUACAAAUAAUCGUCUGAAAGAGCUUGGUUGGAAGCUGCUUUUGCAGGUUCAUGAUGAAGUGAUAUUAGAGGGACCUUCAGAAUCAGCAGAAGAAGCAAAGGCUCUAGUAGUUGAAUGCAUGUCCAAACCUUUUAAUGGGAGAAACAUUCUCACAGUUGAGCUUGCUGUUGACGCCAAGUGCGCUCAAAAUUGGUAUGCAGCCAAAUAAGAGGCCGCUUCUAUUUUUGGUCAAUUGGUUUAUGGUUCCAAAGAACCCUCAACAGGACUCACUCGGGCUGCCGGUUAGUUGUCGGCACUUGGUUAAAUCGUAUGAUCUUAUGGGCCAUUUUUGUGUAAUAGUUGGCCCUGGGUUUCCUGCAAGUGCUUGCCAUGGCAUGGCACUUCGAGCCAUCGGGCUGAUUUUCCAUGUUUGGAUUUUGAUGCAAUGACAACGAGUUUAAUCAACAAUUGUAUAGCAUAUUGGAGAAGGUGUAAGUUGAUUAAACUCUUUGGUGUAUGAUAGAAUUUGUAGGGAAGGAUGGGGGUUGUAUGUAAAUUUGUCUUGUGUAUAUAAGAAACUGUGACAGCUACUUCUGCGGUUGAUUAGUAAUGCCCUUGUUAUGUGUAGAGAUAGGACUUGUUCCUUUCCCUCGUGUUAUCCGCUGAUUCAUAUUAUGGGACAUUAGACUUGUAACAUUCAUAUUUAUAACUUGUUUUCUUCGACUUAUCUCGGAACUUGUUACAUUA